AUGGAGCCCAUGAAAGCACCGGCGGCAGUGUCACCUGCAGAUCCAAUUAGGCAAAUGGCAGUUUUGCUCGGCGGCUUGGCCGUGCGCAGUGAAUCGGAAAUAGAAUCAGGAUUAGGGUUCGGAAAGUUCUCAAUUUCGGAAUCGGAGUCGGGAAUUAUAGGCUGCUCUCUCUGGACUGUGAACAGAGGGGAGGAAGAAGACCUGCCCUGCGUGCCCGGACCUUCCUUUCGAGGCCGGAAGAGCACGGCCAAUUACAGUGGCCUGUCCCCUUCAUUGAUUAUAAUCCGUGUCAGAUUCGCUGCCACAGAUUAA